AUGGCGACUCGAUUAACACUUGCAGUUUACCUACUCUCCCUCUUCAAUACUACUUCUCUAGCCCAACAACAACAACCACAAACCAUCCUCUCCCUUCCAUUCUACGGCUACAACGACGGCCCCGUCGCAGCGAGUGUCAUAGCAGCGGAUGCCAUUGCUACAACUCUCUCUCUAGGAUGUCCGCCUCCCUCUACUCCCUCUUCCACCAACGACUAUGGUGAGAGUGAGAGUGAGAGUGAGAAUGAAAAUGAAGAAACUGAAUGUACAUCCGGACCUCCUUACUUGACUCUAAUCCAUGGCCCUAGUACCUGGCACAUGGAUCUCUCGGCUGCAGCGUACGAUGAUGGGUGGGAUAUACCUACGAUGACGCAGGAUUGUAAUAUACGUGCUACGAUUUGUGUGGAGAGUUGGGGCGGUGAAGGGGCUAAUGGUCCGGGGUUUCGUACGAAGAGUUAUGAGGGGUGGGAGGUUGUGACUUUGGGGGUUAGGAUUACGGCGGGGAUGGAGAAGCUGGUGAAGGCUACGAUGACGGGGAGCGGGAGUGGGAAGGCGAGUUCGAGUUUGACCACUCGUAUGGGUGGUUCGGCUACUACGACGACUUCUAAGAGCGCGAGUGCUACGUCUGCUACGAGUGUGAGUACUGGAAGUAGUGGUAGUGAUUCGGGAGGUAGUGGGAGGGCAAAGCCGGAGGGAUUGGGGGUUGUAGCUGCUUUUGUUGGGUUCAUAGGUGUGUUUAUUUGA